GGCAGCUAAAGUAACACUACGGCAAUCUGUCUUUCGAUUUUUUAUUAGUAGUGUUAAAUUCGUUAUUCCUGACUUUUUACAAAAACCAAUCGGAUAAUGUCUGGUUUGGAAUUAAUAUCAGACCUUUCGGACAAGAAAUUGGUCACGUUGCCGAAGAAUGUGCUCGAUAUGGUCAAUUUGAAAAUGCUGGUUUUGGAAGGGAACUUCCUCACCAGGCUUCCCGAAGACCUAUUUUGGAGAUUGCCGAAUUUACAAUGGCUGGAUUUGAGGAACAAUCUCCUAGAAGCGAUACCGACGAGCAUAGGUUUCCACGAAAAAUUAGAAAAUCUGUUAUUGACUAAUAAUAGUUUAGAAAGGCUUCCUAACGAAUUAGGGACGGUUCCGAAUUUAAAGAGCUUACAAGUCACCGAAAAUCCUUUGAUUUACCCGGAGAGAAAGGUGAUAAUGUGCGGCACUAAAGCUAUCAAAAGUUACCUGAAAACGCAAUACGAUUUAGCGAAUAGAGAAAGCAAAGAGGAAGAAGACAUAUCCGAUAAAAUCACCGAAUUAGACGAACAUUCGCUACAAGACGACUAUUUCGAUGAGGUAAGAAAAUCCAAAACCGAACCGAAUAUAAUUUCUGACGAGGAAGCGAAAAUUAAGAAGCUCAAAAACAGAAUAUCCGAUGAUCAGUGCAUCAAUCCCGACUUGGAAGUUAGGAAACUUCUACCGCCGAUAUUAAGGAAGAAAGACGCGCAAGAACCGAUGAAAAUUAUACAUAAAGUCACUUCGGAUGAUAACAGAAUAUCUUUGAAAUCCUUUUACACGAAGCCCACACCCAAAAAUCAGAAAAUGCACGAAAAGAAGUAUCAAAACCUGAAGGAUGGCUGGUUGAACGAAUUGAGAAUAUUGCUUACAGAUCAAGAAAGAAUUCUGCAACAAGAAAGGAAUCUUAGAUCGAUAAGUAAUUGGAGGCUAAGGAGAAAGAUGGAACCUUACAGAGAAAUGCCUGUGGAGAAAACCAAGCCGCCGUUCGACACCGAUCCGCAGUACGAGAAGAUGAUGACCCGAGAGGAAUUGGCGAAAACCCUCAACGAAUUCAAGCAAAAAGGUUUCAUAAAGCCGGGCGAACCGAAUUCCACGACGCCCGUUCAGCUUCAGACGAUGAUCAAGCACAUAAUGGACCAGCUUAAGGAGUUUGAGCUGGAGAGCGACUUGGGAAGUAACUCGAUCGAAAUGGAUCGGGCAGAAAAGCAAAUAAGAACCAUGAUGGACAUUCAGAAGAAACUGAUGAGCUUGAAAUCGCUCAACGACGUGACCUUAUAGAAUGAAACGCGCCUUUUAACUUCAAAUAGUCUUUUUUUAUUAAAACAUAAAUUAUAAUGUACAAUAAAGUUUUUUUCUGAUGAAAUAAAUCCGUUACAAAAUAUAACUUGGGAGUAUAAUACUAAAAAUCACAAAACAAAUUUCAUUAUCUAUGUUUUAGUCGAUAGAAUCUUAAAUAAAUAAAGCAACAAAUAUGAAGAAACAGUCGAUCACUGUAGAAUCAGUUCUGGAACAUUCUCAUCAAAAAGUCCUUCCCAUUACGAUUUUGCCUUUGAUAACCUCUUGAGUAUUUUCCACGAAUCCCAACUUUCCGUAAAAAGCGUGAGUAUAACUAUCAAAAGUGUUCAUUACAACAUGAACACCAAACGAUCCUAAAAAAUAUAAAAUUUAUAUAAAUUAUCGAUUAUAAAUUAAACUAUUUCUACUCACCAUUAGCUCUCAACGCUGCUAAUAAACACGUUACAAGUCUUUUACCAACUGACUGAUCCAAAACCGAUGGCAAUAAACUACAUAUCAUGCUAGACGCAUGAGAAGGGCUGCUAACAUACACUUCAUCCUUAAAAUUAUGGAAAUACGCCGCUGAUUCCUAAAACAAUAAUUUAGUAAACUUGCUAUAAAUAUCGCGAGUUAAUCGAAUCGUACUUGAGCGAACUUGUGGAGAUUUUUGGCGCAAUCGAUCGGAUAUUUCUCGCACAUUUCUGGUAUCCAAGCCAGUUCCUGCUUCACCCUGAACUUCUUAUAAUCCGGCGCCGCGCAUGCGUAUCCGACGAUAUUCGAUUCGUCUUCGACCACGAAACAAAAUUCCGGAUGAAGAGUAAUAUAAGGUCCGAUUAAUCUAUCAGCUUGAAGAU